CAGCAUUGCCAGUCUCUUCCAAAUCACAUCGUCACUUUCAAGCCAGGUCGCACAUUGAGAUUCACCAUGGCCCAAGUCAUCACCAUCACCACAGUCGUUGUCGUCGCCGCGAUGGCCACGUUGACAUCAUCGUUGAAUGUGAAACUGUCGGGCAUCAACUACAACCCUCGCAAAGGGGCAGACUGGGAGCCACUCAAGUUGAAAUGCAAGUCGGCGUCGGAAGUCGCCACCGACAUGAAAAUACUCGCGACGGUCACGUCCAACAUUCGCUUGUACAGCAUGGUCGAUUGCAAUCAAAUGGAGUUGGUCGUGCCUGCGGCCAAGGCGGCCGGGCUGACGGUGUGGGCUGGCAUUUGGGUGGACAAGAACGCAGCCACGUACGCGGCCGAGCGCGAUGCGUUCGCCGCGUUGAUCAAGAAAGGUGUCAUUGAUGCCACCGUCAUCGGGCUGCAUGUGGGCAGCGAGGCGAUCUACCGAAAGGAGGUGACCGCCGACGAAGCCAUCAAAAACUUCAAAGAGGUCAAGGCGCUGGUCACGGCUGCGGGACUCAAGUUCCCCGUUACGAUUGCAGACAUUGGCGACGUUUACGUGGCCAACCCGCAGUUGUUUGCUGCGGUGGACAUUGUGUCGGCGAACGCAUUUCCAUUCUGGGAAGCCAAGCCGAUUGAAGGUUGCAUCGAGUACUUUUACUCGCGCAUGGAACCGCUGAUCAAGUUGGCGACAGACAAUGGCAAGAAGAUCAUGAUUGGCGAAACGGGCUGGGCCACGCAAGGCAAAGCCGACGGCGCUAGCGUUGCCUCCCCUGAGAAUGCCGUGGUAAGGAAUCCGUCGAUUCUGGAGUUAGUAGUACCUUACAGUUGGUGGUAUUUGCGUGAUGACUUUUCACUCGUGCCUAUUGAUUGUUGGGCGAUGACGGUCCAUUCCCAUGGAUGCUUGUACUGUGUAUACGUAUACUAGUAAAUGUGGUUGAGUUUGAUUUGUGGUCGUUCGUUGCGCUUUCACGUUGGCACAACAGGGUGUCGAUAAACGUACUGUAGUAUGUUUGGCAUAGAUUCUACUCUAUAUUUUCAAUUCCUACUGGCACACUUGCAACGUUCCGUGACCUUUUUUGUAUAUUUCUACGUAUGUGCAACUUGUUUCGAAGGUUGCGUCGUGCAGUACACUGUACAUAUGUAACGUUAGCUGUAUGUAAACCACAAAGGCCAUAUAUAUCGUUAAGGUUGUGGAUAAACCUGUAGACGUGGUUCAAUGACUUCCAUGUGCUCGCAACGGACCUCAAGUGGAGCUAUUACUAUUACACGUCGUUUGACACGACCUGGCGCCACAACCCCGCGGUCAAUACGUCGGACCCCGAAGUGGAAAACUACUUUGGCAUUUUCGACGUCAAGGGUGUGCUCAAGCCUGCGUUUGCCGCUUUAAAGGUGGCCAAGCGUGUCAACAUCGACGUCUCCCCCACAACAACGACCCCUGCCGCCUCCGAAAAGAACGGCAAGCCCGUCGCGACCACUGCGUCGCCUAGCGCCAUAAUCUCGACUGGGGGUGCCACCUCCAAACCCAACACGAACACAGCUACGGCUACAUCUGCUGCUCCGCUGGUGACGACUGCGAUCAUGUCCGCCGUCGUGAUGGUGCUCACGAUUGCGGCGUCGAUGUGAUCAUACGAAAAACAAUACAGUGUUGCGUAACGUUAUAGGACUGGAACUCCAUCGCAAGUCAGUAAUUGCUGUACUCGGUACCUCUACUGUUAGCACUACCGAAAAAUAGACUUGAUGAUAAUAUGGUUUCGUCCACGUAUA